UGCAGACUAGCUUACCCUUGUCUAUUUCACUCUUCUCUUCGACUUUGGCUGAAACCUAAAAACCAAAUCAUGACUGCUCAGACCCAGGAAGAGCUUCUCGCUGCUCAUCUCGAACAGGAAAAGAUUGAUCCUGAUCAGCCUACGGUUGAAGAUGAAGAGGACGAUGAUGAGGAGGAUGAUGAGGAGGAUGACAAGGAUGAUGAUGAAGUUGAAGGGCAACAUGAUGGAGAUGCAACUGGUAGGUCAAAGCAGAGUAGAAGUGAAAAGAAGAGUCGGAAAGCAAUGCUAAAGCUUGGAAUGAAGCCUAUUCCCGGUGUUAGCAGGGUGACUGUCAAAAAGAGCAAGAAUAUCUUGUUUGUCAUCUCAAAACCAGAUGUUUUCAAGAGUCCAACCUCAGAUACAUAUGUCAUUUUCGGGGAGGCUAAGAUCGAGGACUUGAGCUCACAACUCCAGACACAGGCUGCAGAGCAGUUCAAGGCUCCUGAUCUCAGCCACGUGAUCUCUAAACCUGAGUCCUCGGCCAUGGCCCAGGAUGACGAAGAUGUAGAUGAGACUGGAGUGGAACCAAAGGAUAUCGAGUUGGUCAUGACACAAGCUGGAGUAUCAAGGUCAAAGGCUGUGAAAGCACUGAAGGCUGCAGAUGGAGACAUUGUUUCUGCCAUUAUGGAGCUUACCAACUAAGAAGAGUUGGAUUGUUAUGGUUCCUGGAUAGGUGUGCUUUUAAACUUGAGAUGUUUUCAAAUGCUAGCCCCUUUUUGUUCUUUUUCUAAUUCGUCCUUGUCGAAUGAGUUGAAACUAAUAUAUGCCUACAUGGAUAAAAACAGAGCCUUCUUUGCCCUCUUGA